AUGCUUUCCAUCAGAUCCAUCGCGCGCUCUGCGCCCAGAACUCUUACCCGCCUCUCGGCCACCACUCUCAUACAGAGCGCCCGCCCCAGCGCAUUCGUCAAGGCCUCAUCAUUUGGCGCCGUCCAGCGCGCUUCCGCCUUUUCCAGCUCCGCCUUCAGGAAAGCUCCUGCCGGCGAGACCGACGCUGAGCUUCUCGCCAAGCUCGAGAGCGAGCUGUCGUUCGAGGACGAGGUCAAGCAGAACGAGCAGCUGCCCGCCAGCGUUAAGGACUUCCUCGACAACAGCCCGUUUGAGCUCCACGACACCCCCGGCAAGGAGGAGGUCAAGCUUACCCGCAAGUUUGGCGAGGAGAAGAUCACUGUUACCUUCUCCAUCGCCGACCUCGCUAACUACGACCCCGAGAUGUACGAGCAGGACCGCGCCCUGGAUGACGAGUACGACCCCUCCGAGCCCCAGACCAAGCAGAACGGCGCCCGCUCCGCCAACCCCGAGGAGGACAUCGAGGACGAGGAGGGCGAGUUGGACGAGGCCGCUCCCCCUUGCCGCCUGAGCAUCGUCGUCGAGAAGCCUGGCAAGGCCGACGGCGCCCUUAACAUCGACGCCACCGCCCAGGACGGCGCCAUCACCGUCGAGAACAUGUACUACUACGAGGACGGCAAGCUGGCGCACGGCUCCUCCGCCGACAUUGCCCACGCCCGCGCCGAUGUCUACCCCGGACCCCCCUUCGGCAGCCUCGACGAGGACCUGCAGAUCCUGAUGGAGCGCUACCUCGAGGAGCGCGGCAUCACCCAGGCCCUGGCCAUCUUCGCCCCCGACUACAUUGACGUCAAGGAGCAGAAGGAGUACGUCCGCUGGUUGAAGAACGUCAAGGGCUUCGUCAACGCCUAA